UUUGCGAUUGACAAUGUUUUGGCGACUGAUAUGGAGUCUGCUAGCGUAAAUGAAAAUAUCGCAGCUUAUGCUGUCACGUUUUACUUUAAAUGUUUUUGCGUUUAGGAUAUGGAGUUGGGGCACAGAGUAUGCAUACGAGAUCUAAACCCACAUAUUGUAUGCAUUCUCUGUGCAGGUUAUUUCAUUGAUGCAACUACGAUCACAGAGUGUUUGCAUACUUUUUGUAAAAGCUGCAUUGUAAAGUAUCUACAAACUACAAAGUUCUGUCCUAUGUGCAACAUCAAAGUACAUGAAACUCAACCCCUACUGAAUUUGAAAAUAGACAGAACACUCCAAGAUAUUGUUUAUAAAGUGGUUCCUGGGCUUUGGGAUAAUGAAAUGAAACGACGUCAGGAUUUUGAAAAAAUGAGAGGUUUGAAGAAAUAUGAAGAAGGAUCUGCUGAUGGUACUUUAGAAGAGUUAGAAGAUUCUUCUGUGUCUACUCAGCACUAUUUCAUGCAUGAUGAACUCAUCCACAUUUGUCUCCAGCCAUUUGAAACCGAAUCUGAUAAUAAUAAAGGACCAAAGCUUCCUUCACAAAAGUUUGUUAGGUGCUCUGUAAGGGCUCAAGUCUUUCACUUAAAGAAACUGAUCCAAAAAAUUUGGCCUCAUACUUCAAAACAGGAACUGGUUGUUAUGUGCAAUGGUGAGUUUCUUCCUGAUAACCAUUGUUUGAAGAGGAUUUGGUUGUCUCAUAGUAAGGAAAUAAACCCUCCUCUCAAACUUCAAUUUUGGAUUAAGAAUUGAAGAAACUUGGUGCCUUUCAGAAAAAUCUGUGAAUAUUAUUUCAGAUUAGUAUGAGAGAAAGCACAUUUAGAAGUCAAGUAUUUUUUCAAAUGGGAAAAAAAAAUGAGAGCUAUUUAUGUUAGUUAUAUAGAUAUAUAUAUAUGUAAAGGCGAUUUUGCAAUUCAUUGUGUGUUCUUGUGUGGUUUUUCUUUUUUUUUAAUGAACUAGUCCUAAUGUAUGAAAUACGUAGCUGUUUGUAUGAAACAGCAGAUAUGUAAAUAUUAAAUGUUUCAUGGUCUUCAUAAUUUGCUAAAAAAUGUUUUCAUUGAAUUGCUUGCUUUGUGCAAUAUUGAUAAAGUAAUUUUUCUGGUGUUCUUUAUGGUACAAAAUCUGUUUUUUCCAUAUUGAAUAUUUAUGUCUAUGUUAAAUUAAAAAUAUGCUAUAUGUUGUCUCACUUAUACUAUUUCAUGUCAUAAUAAUGAAGUAAAUACUGUUUUGUAUGUGCAUUAAAACUUCCGUGAACGAAAAAUAUCAGUGAAAUAAAACCAUUUUGCUUUUGUCUUCUUGAAGUACUCGCAUAUAAAAAAUUUUUUACCUUAAUAUUACAUCUAAAGUUUUCGUUAUGACUGUUCUGAUUGAAACAUAUUCAAGCUAUACUAUCGAGGUCCAUUAAAUAAUCUAGAAAUUCAAGGUUCAGUCUUAUAACCAUUAUUUUCUUUCUUCAUUUCAAAGAAGGAGGUAUGGGAUUUUGUCAUGAUAUUUCAAAAAAUAAAUUGAUAAAAAUUCAGUUAACAGUUGUUCAUUUCUCAUUUUAAAUUAUUAUAAUCUCCUAGUUUGAAUUACUGUGAUUAUUAUGCAUAUUUUUUCAAUAGUAAAUAUUUUAACACAUCUCUAAUCAUUAAUACAUUUUUAAGAAAAUACUAAGAAUUUAGCAAUGAAGACUGUAGUAAAAUAGGUUUAAUCUCCUUUUUUAAUGUUGCAGCUUACUUAUAAAGUUCUUGAUUAUUGAAAAUCGGGCUUUAAUCUUUGAACAGUUUUUGCAUUAAAGAUGUUUUUUUGCUCAGCAAUUCCCAUCUUGUAUCUCACAUGUGCAUUUAUUUGUUUGCAUUUUGUUUUCUUAAAUUGUGUUAUCUUUUAGCCUUUUUUAAUUUUUUAUCCAGGUUUCUCCAAAUGUUAUUUUGAUAAAUUUCUAAAUUCUGUAUAUCUAACCUGAAAUAUAUUUUACUUAAUUUUUAUGCAGUUUAAACUAUUCAUUCAGAAAGUAAUAUUUUUAUUGAUAUUUAAUGGAAUUAUUAACUUUUUUUUUUAAACUUUCUUACUAGAAAAAAGUUUUGUUUCAAGACUGAAUUUUUUAAACUUAAUUUUGAAUAUUUCUAUUUAAUUUUGUUAUACUGAACACUAUAGAGUAAAGCUCUCUUUUCUUUUAAAAUUAAUUAACCCUUCAAUGAAAACAAAUUUGAAAUAUUUUUUCUGAAUUUUAAAGAGGGAGUGAAAUAUCUUAUCUUCAUGAAAUUAGGUUUCUUCUGAGACUAUUGAUUUUUCUCACAUUUAACCUAAUAUAUUUAAUUUUCAAUUGAAUGCUCUUGCACUGCUUAGAAAUCAAAUUUUAUUUAUUUCUUUAAAAAAUAAAUAUUAAUGUAUAUCAGUAUGAUUUGCAUAAGGAAGCUUUUCAUUGUUAAAAUAGAAUUUGUUUUCUUUAUUUAAAAGAAAAACUGAAACUAUUUGUUUAAUAUUUACUUACUGCUGGUUAAAUGUACCAGUAGUUGUUUUACCAUUGUAUACUUAAACUAACCAUUAAAUCAAUUAGUAUUUCACUUCCCUUUUUCGUGCUAGUGUGUAAUAACAUUUAAUUUCCCUCUAGGUAAUAUUGUAUCAUAAAAUGGGGAAUAGAUUUAUUCUUAAUGUGGUGAAAAUGAAUCAGUAAUCUUGGAAGCAAUCUGAGUUGUAAAUCGUAUUUUUAAAUUAUUGGCUUGAAAUCAGAAGUGCACUUUUCUAUUUAGUAACUGAAAUCUCCAUCUUAAAAUGAAAUGGUGGGUUUCUCUUACCCGUAAUAUGAAGACUAAUUAAUUUUUUUUUUUAACUAAAGUUGUAUGCAAUCACAUGAAGAUUUCUCUGCAUUAAUAAUAUAAUUUGAAUUUUCUUUUUCUUGGGGACAAGGAAAAGACUUGAUCUGGAUUUUUUUUAAUCGAUUUUCACUAUAAUUAUUAUUUUUUAGUGGUAAUAUAUUUGAAACUUUUUUAUUAUGAUGAAAAUGUGAUUUUAAAAGCUGUAUUUGUUAAUAUAUUUUUAAAGUCCAUUUAGUAUUCAUUAUUACUUAACUUUUUUUUUUUUUUGCAUGUAUUAUUUUAAAAAGGGGUGGAGACAGGAUUUUAAAUAAAAAUUUUAGUCUAUUUUUAGAGCAAAGUGCUUAAUAAUGUGAAUUAACAUUUUAUUUCAUUUUGUAUAUUUUCAUUUCAUAUUUCAUCUUUAUUUUUUUCCCCCAUUACUCUCAUACAAAAGUGAAGUUGUAUUAUUUUUCUUGAAAAUAUUCAUUAUAAGACUGUUCAAGUUGGGAAUUGCUGAUUUCUUUGCGAUCUUAGUUCUUAUGCAUAAAAACAAGGUUUUGUUCAACUUUUUUGUGAAAAAUUUAGUUUAUUUACUCGCCAACUUGCUAAUAAUCUAUCUCAUUAAACUACCUUGUCUAUCUAUCAUAUUUAAGUUUUAUUAAAAUACAUUUACAUUUAAAAAUUCAAAUCUUCCAAGUGUUAUAAAUAUCUAGCAAAGUAUGGAAAUCUUACCAAUAAUAAUUAGAACUAAAUAGAGCACAAAUAUUUUUAUAUUCAUAAAAAAAAAUAGAAAUAAAACGUCACUUAGAUCUUCCAUAGGCAUGUAGGGAAAUAACUGAAAGUCUGCUUUGCCCAUUUAUUUUGUGUGUUGCUUAUUAAAGUUGUGCAAUGUGUUUCUCUUCAGAACACUUUUUUUGUGAAAAGAUAUAAAAAGCAUGCUAUAAUGUUGUGCUUGUGUAUUAAAUGUUAUUGUAUUACUAGAAAGCAGUUGAAAUUGCUUUCUUUUUUACAAAAAAUGAAUUGUUUCUCAUCUUAUUUAAUGAGAUCAAAAAUAUAUUGUUUGUUUCCAUCUUUUUAUUUAUAUUUAUUUUGUUUCUGUUAAACCAUGUAUAAUGGGAAAUACUUCUAUUCUAUUGAAUUAAUAUAUUUAAAAUUAUUUAACUUUAUUAUAUGAUUAGGGGAAAGUAUUGAUUUACAAAAGCAUGUGUAGAUGCGACACCAUUUUUUUUUUUAAUGAAAGAUUACAUUUUAAAAAUAAAUGUGAUGUUCAGACUGGUAUUGUGAUCAUGUUCCAUGUUGGUGUUUUGUAAGUUUUUGAAAAAUUUAUGUAAAUUGUUUUCUAAGGAGCCGUUUUCCUUUUAUGGAAUUUUAUGUAAAGAAAGUUUUCGAUAUUAUGUAU